AUGAAUAUGUUGGAUGAUGAAAAUGACCAAAGCUUUCACGCUACGCGUGACGGCUACUCCCAUUUGAGCGAUGUCGAAUGGGAUGCGGUUGAACGAAUGGGUUCGACCAUGGGCAUCCAUGCUGUUAGCGUCAUGCUAGAGGCUCUCAAUAGAGAUGCCCAACAUGCUACUAUCGCCAAGUUCAUUCAAAAUGAACUUGACGCAGAACGCGAGAAAGUAGCCUUGCUUCACCAACAAGGUUCUCAACAAGCAGAGUUGUUGAGAGAACAAGGUGCUCAACAGUUUGAACUGUUGAGACAGCAGCAGGCUGCUGCUGGCGGGUCGAUGCACUCGCGUCGGCCCGAGACUUUGAAGAUUGACAUCUCAAAGUAUAGGGGGGUCGAAGAAGACUCCCUCUUGAGAUGGUUCGUCGGGUGGAUGACGCCAUAA